CAUUGCCACACACAACAGAAGCAAAGCAACAGCCUGUGAGUGCACUUUGUACACUGUCACUGGCGUAGCUAGCUAGCUAGGCAGAGAUGGCGAAGAAAGUGCAGGUGAUCGCUACGCUCCUGACCCUGAACCUUCUCUUCUUCACCUUCGCCAACGCCACUGGCCGUCCCUGCCCUCCUGGCGGGGGCAGCGGCGGGGGAGGGAGCGGUGGCGGUGGGGGAGGAGGGGGGACCGGUGGCGGGGGAGGCGGCAAUUGUGGUGGCGGGAACUGUGGUGGGGGAGGAAACGGUGGCGGCGGAAACGGUGGUGGCGGGAACUGUGGAGGAGGGAACUGUGGUGGAGGCGGAAACGGUGGUGGUGGGAAUGGUGGCGGCGGAAACGGUGGCGGUGGCAAUGGUGGCGGCGGCAACGGUGGGGGCGGAAACAGCACCCAGUGCCCUCUGGACGCGCUGAAGCUGGGGGUGUGCGCGAACGUGCUCGGGCUGCUGAACCUUACCCUGGGGAGCCCGCCGGUGCAGCCGUGCUGCUCGCUGAUCCAGGGGCUGGCGGACCUGGAGGCGGCGCUGUGCCUCUGCACGACGCUGAACCUCAACCUUCUGGGCAUCAACCUGACCUUGCCCAUCGCCCUCAGCCUCGUCCUCAACAACUGCGGCAAGAACGUCCCCUCCGGCUUCCAGUGCCCAAACUGAGCCGGCCGGACCCUGCAUCCGCCAUACCUCAUGCACGCACGCAUGCAUGCAUGACUGGCUAUUUGAAGUACCACUACGUACUUGUUGUGUGCUUUAAUUUCUUAAUCAUCUGCUGGUUUUUAUGUGUGGCUGGAUUUCGAUUGCGGAGAAACUACGUACUACUUCUCCAGGUUCUACGUACGUACAAGCACGCACUGUUACCUGCGUGCGUAAGGAUUUCGUUGUGUGUGUGUGCAUGAUGUGUUGUCGUAAUCGUCACAUGUUUGUGAUGAGUUGGUUAUUGCCAGAGUGCUCAUGAUGUACCGCUAUCUCCGACUAAAUAAAAGAUUUGCUAUUUUCCAUUA